AUGGGAACGGCUACUUUCAACGGCCAGUACAAUGCCAACCCCUACGAGCUUCCGACCACCGAGCUUGUCCACCGUGCUCUCUCAGCUGGGAUUUGCGCCUUUGAUACUUCUCCCUACUAUGGUCCGGCAGAAGAACUUCUUGGAAGAGCCCUGUCCACCCAGUUUGUCCGGGAGAACUACCCCAGAAGCUCCUACAGGUUGCUCACCAAAGUGGGCCGGAUAGCCGCAUCAACCUUCGAUUACUCGCCAGCAUGGAUCAGACGCAGUAUCAAACGAAGCCUGUCGCGCCUAGGCACUGCCUACCUAGACGUCGUCUACUGCCAUGAUGUCGAGUUCGUUACACCAGAGGAAGUGCUGGGGGCUGUCCAAGAGCUACGAAGAAUCCGUGACUCGGAGGGGACGAUACAUUACGUUGGGAUAUCGGGCUACCCGGUCGACGUGCUCUGUUCUCUGGCUGAAAUGAUUCUGGAAAAGACGGGCGAGCCGAUAGAUAUCGUCAUGUCCUACGCGAAUUUCACGCUGCAGAACACCCUCUUGGCAACGAAGGGGCUUGAACGCCUGAUUGCAGCUGGUGUGGACUGCGUACUUAAUGCCUCACCCUUGGGGAUGGGGCUGCUGAGACGCAACGGUGUGCCUAUCGGGAGCAUGGGAGAUUUCCAUCCUGCUCCCAACGAGCUACGUGAGGCAAUUCACAAAGCGAGUCUUUGGACCGAAGAACAAGGCGAGAAGAUUGAGGUUGUUGCCAUUCGAUAUGCGCUUGAGAACUGGCUGCAUGUGGGUGCUGCAGUUGGUGCAUCAGGGCUGCCUUCUGGUGACCAGACAAACGGCACCAGUACCAAUAGCACCACGAGUCCUCGCAGGCUUGGAGGCAGCGUGAUGGGGGUAAGCAAUAUCGCUGAGCUGGAGGAGACGAUGCGGGUGUGGAAAGUGAUUCUGGACUCCCUCUCUUCCGAGAGUAUCAAUCCACAGUGCAGGAAAGGGCACGUUGUGUUGAACAAGGACCAGAAACUUCCGGAGAGCCAGCGGAUUCAAACCCUAACAAAGGGCGUCCGGGAUAUCCUGGGGGCCAAAUGGGUUGAUUUUGCAUGGGCGAGUCCGGACGCUGACUAUGUCAACACCCCUAUACCUGAACACCCACCACCAAUUGAGGAUUGA